CCCCAUUGCUACAUAGUCUCCCCAACCAGCUGGCUCCCACAUAUCUGCACACACUUAUAAACAAAGGCUGAGAAGGGGCAGACACCAUCCGGCUACUCUCAGUCAUCCCUUCCCCUCCUCCCUCACCCCCAAGUCUUCCUCCCUGCGGCCCUCCCCCACCUCCAGUUGAUCAUGGCAUCAGAAGCAGGGAAAACGUUCCAGCGGUUUGCUGUCUUUGGAGAAUCAUCAAGCAGUGGCACUGAAAUGAACAAUAAGAACUUCUCCAAGCUAUGCAAAGACUGUGGCAUCAUGGAUGGCAAGAUAGUCACCUCCACUGAUGUGGACAUCAUAUUCAGCAAAGUCAAAGCCAAGAAUGCCCGAACCAUCACAUUUCAGCAGUUCCAGGAAGCAAUGAAGGAGCUGGGCCAGAAACGAUUCAAAGACAAGAAGCCAGAUGAAGCUCUGGAGAACAUUUAUAAACUCAUGGAAGGCAAGGAUCCAGCUACCACUGGUGUUACUGGUCUCAGCCUCAGCCGGUCCAUGAGCUGUAACACUUACAGAAGAAGAGGUCCAGCUGGUCCUUGGGCGAGUGACUCUUCCCAAUCAUCCCUGGCUCUGGUCAACCUUUCUGGUAAAAAAAUGCAAAGGGGACAGAAGGAACAGGCUGAAGCACAAUUCUCUGACUGCUCUGGAGAAAGGGCAGGAGCUGGAAGACCAGUGGGACAGGAGCAGGAAUUCUUGCCUGGAGCCAAAGACAGCCCAAAGGCUCCCCCCUUUCCUGGACACCACAUGCUCUCCAUCUCCAGUAAGGCUCUGCGUCUCAUAGGACAGACAGAAGGCUCUCCAUGACCUGACCCCUGCCAUGUCUCCAACUGCAUACCCAUCCCCAUCUGUUUCCCCCUUUGUGUCACCCUCCACCUCCUUGUCCUUGUUCAUGCCGCCUCCUUUACCCCUGAUACUGUUCCUCUCCUCCUCCCACUCUUGCCCCCAUCACCUCCACUGAGCUAGCUCACGUGAAGACUCAACCCAGAGAUCCUGUUUAAGAAGGCUCUGCUUGGAAGACCUCCCCAGGGAAGUGUGCACAGCCAAGCGAGUGAAGGAAAAGCCUACACGGGCAGGUGACUCGCCUGUAUCCUUCAGUCUGGGUCUACAAGCCAGCACCAAGUGGGAGCCAUGAAGGGUGGCUCCUGAGACUGGCUGACUCAUAUCUUUGUUGUGAGGAAGUCUGCUGCUGUGGUCCCCACCUCAAAGCAUGCCUCCUCUUCCCUAUUUGCUCAAGGCUGCAGCUUCCCUGAGAAGAGGAAAGGGCUUGUCAUGGCCCUUAGUCGUCGUCUUCCUUCAUUCAUUACCCACCUAUCACCACUCAC